AUGUUAGCUAUCCUGACUCAUCUUUCAGCAUCCUAUGAACGAUAUGGUGUUGCUAUUAAUGAACUUCUUGAUAGCGCUGUAACAGAAAACUUCAAUUUUUAUGAAUGCCAGUUUACUGGAAUAGGAACAUUAACAACUCCAUCUACAAUCAAUCUUUAUAGAGGAUCAGCCAACUGCGGAGUCAAUAUGGUUGCCUGUGUGUUUUCAUUCUGCCAAGCAAAAGAUGGCGGUGCAUUUAGCCUAUGGGAUUACAUGGACUGCAAUGUCAAACUUAUUUGCGCAUAUGGUUGUAAAGCAGCUAAUAGUGGUGGAUGCUGUGUAAUAAAAUUAGCAUCAUCAUUCAACGCUUCUCAUAUCUCAGCUGUUAGUUGCGAAAGUGCCUGCAAAAAUUUCUUCUUUUCAGGUGUCCAUUUGUCUCAAACCUGA